CAACUACUAAUGUCUCCCUCAUAGUUUUUCUUCACAAGUGGAGGCAAGGUCUCAUCAGUGUGCUGAGAUGAAUAUUCUUCACCAAUCGAACAUCAUUAAUUAUAUCCGUAAUCUUUCAGAGCAUCAACAGAGAAAGGAAGCAACAAAACAUCUUCUGAACACAGUGACCAAAACCAAUGGCUGCAGAGAACGAAUAUUUUGGGAAACAUUGGUGAAAAUGCAAGAAUCAAAGCCAAAACUGAAACUCAUUCUGAAAGAAAUUCAGAGCAGAGGUUUUGACUUGCUUUAUAAUGCACGCAUCAGAGAGAUGGAAGGAGAGCUAUCAGAUCACCUCAAAGGUAUACAAGAUCAACACAAGCAACACCUCCUCCACCAAAGCGAGCAUGUGGUCAAACACACCAUCAAAGGAGACAGCAAAAUAACGACCAUUUCCCUCACUGAUCGAUAUACAGAGCUUAUCAUUAUUUCCACGCUGCGUGAACGGAGACUAGUGGAACAUGAGCUCCUUUCCAGAGGCAGGGAACUUGAAGAAUGGCAGCGGAAGUACGUCACCAGCGAACUUGAAAAAAUCCGGAUUGAUCAAUUAUUCAGGAGCAGUUUUGGCCACUCCAGCCUGUCUGGCACCACGGUGGUUAGCGGAGUGGCUGGCAUUGGUAAGACAACAAUGGUGCAGAGGAUGGUCCAUGAAUGGGCAGCAGGAAACAUCUAUCCUCA